AUGCUGCUGCAGCAACUUACAGCCAGCCGUAGCAGCAACAGAAGCAACAGCAGCUGCACCAGCAGCAGCAACAACACCAAAAGCAGUAGCAACAACAACAGCAGCAACAGCACAGGAAGCAGCGGCUGCAACAGAACUCGCAGCAGCUGCUGCAGCAACGCCACAAGCAGCAGCAGCAGCAGCAACAACAGCACCGGACUUGUUGAGGCUGCCAGGAGUCGCUCAAGGUCUGCAUCAUCAGCAGCAAACGCAACAACCCCAAGCAGGCCCCUGAUUCAAGAAGCAGCAGCAGCAACAGCAGCAGCAGCAGAAGAACCAACAGCAGUAGCAGCAACUGCUGCUGCAGGGAGCAGAGUAGAAAGAGCAUCAACAGCAACAACAGCAGCAACCCCACCAGCAACACCCACGGCAACAACCGGAGCAGCAGCAGCAACAGCAGCAACAGCACCAGAAGCAACAGCUGCAGCAGCAACAGCAGCAGCAAUAGCAGCAGCAGCAACAGCAGCAGCAGCUUACCAUCUGAGAGAGCAUCUGCAUCAUCAGCAACAAAUGCAGCACUCGAAUAAACCACGGGGCCGGCGAAAUGUUCGACGACAAACUGCAUUUGACCUGCGUAUACACCCCAAAUACUCACAGCUGCAGCAAAUGCAGCAGCAGCAGCAGCAGCAGCAAAUGCAACAACAGCAGCAACAGCAGCAAAUGCAACUGCAGCCACAGCAGCAAUUGCAGCAACAGCAUCAAAUACAGCAGCAGCACCAACUGCAGCAGCAGCAACAAUUGCAGCAGCAGCACCAACUGCAGCAGCAACUGCAGCAGCAGCAGCAGCAAGUGAAGCAGCAGCAGCAACACCAGCAAGUGGAGCAGCAGCAGCAACAGCAGCAGCAAAAACCCAAGGGGUUUAGUACCGCAAGGCCUGAUGAUCUUCCGACCGUCGCGACUGCUCGGAGCUGCCUGCUGCCACAUCUAAAGCAACAGCAACAGCAGCAGCAGCAACAGCAACAGCAGCAACAGCAGCAGCAGCAGCAGCAACAGCAGCAGCAGCAGCAACAGCAGCGGCGGAAAAGCAUAUAUGCACAGACAUCAAAAACAGCCAACGACAGAGGCAGCAGCAGCAGCAACAGCAAGAUCAGCAGCAGCAGCUCAACGAACAGCACCAAGACUGCAGCUGCAAGGCUGCAGCAGCAGCAGCAAAAAUAA